AUGGGGGUCGAUUAUUACAAGGUUCUUCAGGUUGAUCGGAAUGCGAAAGAUGACGAUUUGAAGAAAGCUUAUCGCAAACUCGCUAUGAAAUGGCAUCCCGACAAGAACCCUAACAGCAAAAAGGAAGCCGAAGCCAAAUUCAAGCAGAUCUCCGAAGCUUACGAUGUCUUGAGCGAUCCUCAAAAGCGAGCAAUCUACGAUCAAUACGGAGAAGAAGGCUUAAACAGCCAGGCCCCACCUCCCGGAGCCGGCGGUUUCCCUGGUGGUUCGGACGGAGGUGCUUCGUUCCGUUUCAACGGUAGAAGCGCCGACGACAUCUUCUCGGAGUUCUUUGGCUUCUCAAGACCAUUCGGUGACUCACGCGGUGGUGCAGGUCCUUCCGGUGGCUUCCGGUUCCCCGGCGAUGACGUUUUCUCGAGAAAAGCUGCUCCUAUAGAGAGACAGCUUCCUUGUAGCUUGGAGGAUCUCUACAAAGGCACCACUAAGAAGAUGAAGAUCUCUCGUGACGUCCUCGACUCAACCGGGAAACCGACGACGGUGGAAGAGAUAUUGACGAUAGAAAUCAAGCCGGGAUGGAAGAAAGGGACGAAGAUAACGUUCCCGGAGAAAGGAAACGAGCAUAGAGGGAUCAUACCGUCGGAUCUUGUGUUCAUAGUCGAUGAGAAGCCACAUGCUGUGUUCAAGCGAGAUGGGAACGACAUUGUGGUCACUCAGAAGAUCCCACUCGUGGAGGCUCUCACGGGGUACACCGCUCAGGUCACGACGCUUGACGGAAGGACGAUAACGGCUCCGGUUAGCAGUGUGAUCAGCCCUACUUAUGAAGAGGUUGUGAAAGGGGAAGGCAUGCCGAUUCCUAAAGACCCGUCGAGAAAAGGCAACUUGAGAAUCAAAUUCAGUGUUAUGUUCCCGUCGAGGCUAACGACUGAGCAGAAAACUGGAAUCAAACGGAUGUUUUCGUCUUCUUAG